AUGCUAGUAAUAAUCGUUGUGUACAAUGGCGCCAUACAUUGCGGAGCAAGGCCAGAACUCUGUUUCAUCAUCUACAUUUGCACAAAUGAGCAAUUAUUAUCUUCUUGCCUUUUUCAGGUAUUUGGCAAUAUUGGCUCUUGGGCUGCCCAAUUGAUCACUGAAGCUGGUGGCAAGGUGGUCUCCAUCAGAGAUAUCACAGGGGCUGUCAAGAACUCUAAUGGCAUUGACAUAGCCAAGCUGAUGAAGCACUCGGCAGAGAACCGCGGGAUCAAGGGCUUUGACGGAGGCGACGUCGUCGACCCGACCUCGCUGCUCACGGAAGAGUGCGACGUGCUCAUCCCGGCAGCUCUGGGAGGAGUCAUAAACAAGGACAAUGCCGAUGCCAUCAAAGCAAAGUACAUCAUUGAGGCUGUUAACCACCCAACAGACCCCGAGGCCGACGAGAUUCUGGCAAAGAAGGGCGCGCUGAUCCUACCGGACAUCAUGGCCAACUCCGGCGGAGUGAUGGUGAGCUGCUUUGAAUUGAUAAGGGCCGGAGCUUCAAUGACAAAUCCACUAUAUUCAGCACACAGCCCAACUCAGCAGGCACGAGCCAUGUCGACAGUCGGGGUGGCACUCGGGUGCAUGCUCGCCUUGACAGUCAUCAAGGUCACAAUAGAGUCGGUGGAGGCUGUGCUCGGCGACGCCGAGAGAGAGUCUAUCAAGCAUAAGUCCAUGCUGUUGUGGCUGAAGUGA